UGGUCAAUGGGGAACAGUGUGUGGUAAUGACUGGGAUCUGACAGAUGCUGCAGUGGUGUGUAAAGAGCUGGACUGUGGAGAGCCUCUAGUUAUUGUUCACUUUGGAGAAGGAUCAGGACCAAUCUGGAUGGAUAAUGUGCACUGUAAUGGAUCAGAGUCCUCACUGAAGAACUGUACAUCAAGUGGAUGGGGUGUUAAUAACUGUUAUCAUAGUCUUGAUAUUGGAGUCAUCUGUUCAAGUGGGCUUCUCAAAUUAUUAUUCCGUUAUUAAAUCACACUUGGGCUCAAAAUACAUUUUAUGAAUUGAUUUUCAAUAUAUUAUCAAUAUACUCUAAUUCCUAGAUGAAGUCACAUUGUUUCUAUAGGAUGCAUUUAUAUCUCUAUUUUAUGUCUCAGAUUUGAAUGUGAGGUUGGUGAAUGGUGGCAGUCGUUGUGCUGGUAGAGUUGAGGUUCUUCAUGAUGGUCAGUGGGGAACAGUGUGUGGUAAUGGUUGGGAUCUAACAGAUGCUGCAGUGGUGUGUAGAGAGCUGGACUGUGGAGAUCCUCUGGGUAUUUCUCCCUUUGGAACAGGAUCAGGACCAAUCUGGAUGGAUGAUGUGGACUGCAAUGGAUCAGAAUCCACACUGAUAAACUGUAGAUCAAGAGAGUGGGGUGUUCAUGACUGCGAUCUUAAUACAAAUGCUGGAGUUAUUUGCUCAAAUUUAAGUGUAAGGUUGGUGAAUGCUGAAAGUCCUUGUGCUGGCAACGUGGAGGUUCUUCAUGGUGGUCUGUGGGUUACAUUAUGUGGUCGUGUUUGGGAUAUGAAAGAUGCUGCGGUGGUGUGUAGAGAGAUGGGCUGUGGAGAGCCUCUGGGUACUGCUCACUUUGGUCAAGGAUCAGGACCAAUAUGGACUGAACGAAUGCAAUGCAAUGGAUCAGAGUUGACAUUGAAGAACUGUGGAUCAAGUGGAUUGGCUGUUCAGUAUUGUGGUCAUGAUCAUGAUGCUGGAGUCAUUUGCUCAAAAUUGAAUGUGAGGUUGGUGAAUGGUGGCAGUCCUUGUUCUGGUAGAGUUGAGGUUCUUCAUGAUGGUCAGUGGGGAACAGUGUGUUAUGAUGAGUGGGAUCUGAGAGAUGCUGCAGUGGUGUGUAAAGAGGUGAACUGUGGUGAGGCUGUACAGGUGCUAUAUGGAGCUCACUACGGACCAGGAUCAGGACCAAUCUGGAUGGAUGAAGUGGACUGUAAUGGAUCUGAGUCCACACUGAAGAACUGUAGAUCAAGUGAAUGGGGUGUUAGUGAUUGUACUCAUGAUAAAGAUGUUGGAGUUAUCUGCUCAGAUUUGAUUGUGAGGUUGGUGAAUGGUAGCAGUCCUUGUUCUGGUAGAGUUGAGGUUCUUCAUGGCCGUCAAUGGGGAACAGUGUGUGACUUUAGUUGGGAUCUGAAAGAAGCUGCAGUGGUGUGUAGAGAGCUGGGCUGUGGAGAAGCUGUACAGGUGUUACAUGGAGCUCACUUUGGAGAAGGAUCAGGACAGAUCUGGAAGGAUUAUAUGCGAUGUGAUGGAUCAGAGUCCACAUUGAAGAACUGUAGAUCAAAUGAAUGGGGUGUUCAAUAUUGUACUCAUAUUCGUGAUGCUGGAGUCAUCUGUUCAGAUGACAUCAACAAUGGAUGGUCAAGACUUGUUGCUGGUUCUCAUUUGUGCUCUGGGAGAGUUGAGAUGGUUCGUGGGAACACCUGGAUGUCAGUGUGUGAUGCUGUGUUUGAUGAUCAGGAUGCAGAGGUUGUGUGUAGAGAGCUGAACUGUGGGGUUCCUGUACAGCUGCUGGGUGCAGAUACUUUUGGUAAAGGGGAGGGGCAGGUGUGGACACAAGAGAUUCAAUGUAGAGGAGAUGAAUCUCAAAUUAACUUCUGUCCACAACAAUCUUCAUCCAAGAAAAACUGUUCACAUGACAAUGAUGUGGGACUGAUUUGCUCUGGUUACACAGCACAGAGACUGAUGAACGGCUCUGAUAUCUGCUCUGGUCGAGUUGAGCGUCAGUAUUUCAGUAAAUGGGGCUCAGUGUGUGAUGAGUGCAUGAAUGUGAGAGCUGCCAAUGUUCUCUGUAGAGAGCUGAAUUGUGGGAUUGCUGUGUCUGUUGUGGGAGUGGACUGGUUUGGAGAGGGAUCUGGUGAAAUCUGGGCUGAUGUGUUUGAUUGUCAGGGGAAUGAAACAAAACUCUCAGAAUGUUCAAUCUCUUCAUGGAGUCGAGCUGAAUCCUCUCAUAAACAAGAUGUUGGAGUCAUUUGUUCUAAUUCCUCUCUGUCUCUUCAUGAUGGUCGAGUGAGGUUGUCUGGAGAGAGAGAGUGUGAGGGUGAGGUGGAAGUUUACAUUCAUCAGGUUUGGAGGAGAGUUCUGCUGGACUCCUGGAGUCUCACUGAAUCCUCUGUGGUCUGCAGACAGCUGGGCUGUGGCUCUGUGCUGAACUUCACUAACUCCUCUUCAUCCAGUGAUGAACACAGUUAUGAGUGUGUGAUGGGCUUCCAGUGCUCUGGGACUGAAGAUCAUCUGAGGAACUGCAGCUCUCCACAAACUCUCAACUGCAGCGCAACACAACAGCUGACAAUCACCUGCCAAAGUCAGCGGUCCAUCAGGUUGGUGGGUUCUGGUACAGAUUGUGCAGGAAGGCUGGAGGUUUUUCACAAAGGCUCAUGGGGUACAGUGUGUGAUGACUUCUGGGAUAUUAAAGAUGCUCAUGUGGUGUGCAGACAGCUGCAGUGUGGAGUGGCUCUCAGUAAUCAGCCAGUACCAGCCUGGUUUGGUCCUGGUUCUGGACCCAUAUGGCUGGAUGAUGUGAACUGUGAGGGGAAUGAGACGUCACUGUGGAGCUGCUCUUCACGGGUCUGGGGAGAUCAUGACUGUAAACACAAGGAGGAUGUAGGAGUCGUCUGCUCAGGGGUGCGAAUUCAAAAUGUUGGAGGGAAGGGUUUGUGUUCGGGGAGACUGGAGGUUUAUCAUAACUCUGUGUGGGGUUCAGUCUGUGAUGAUCUGUGGGACAUCAGAGAUGCUCAGGUGGUCUGCAGGCAGCUGGGUUGUGGAGCAGCAUUGAGUGUUGAUGGGAAUGAAGCGUUUGGUGCUGGUGAAGGUGUUGUGUGGAUGAACAGAGUCGAGUGCAGAGGGACUGAGAUUCACCUGUGGGACUGUCCUCAUGUCCUGAAAAAUCACACUGACUGCUCACACAAAGAACAAGUUAGACUCAUCUGUGCAGAUUUGAAUGUGAGGUUGGUGAAUGGUGGCAGUCGUUGUGCUGGUAGAGUUGAGGUUCUUCAUGAUGGUCAGUGGGGAACAGUGUGUGGUUAUGACUGGGAUCUGAAAGAUGCUGCAGUGGUGUGUAGAGAGGUGAACUGUGGAGAGGCUGUAAGUGCUAACUAUGGUCAGUUUGGAAGAGGAUCAGGACCAAUCUCAACGGCUGGUUUGAGAUGUAAUGGAUCAGAGUCCUCACUGAAUAACUGUGGAUCAGACCUUGGGUAUACUUGGUUCUGUUCUCAUUUUGAUGAUGCUGGUGUGAUCUGCUCAGGAUCAAGACUUAUAGCUGGGUCUCAUAUGUGCUCUGGGAGAGUCGAGAUGAAUUUUGGAGAAAGAUGGGGCACAGUGUGUGAUGCUGUGUUUGAUGAUCAGGAUGCAGAGGUUGUGUGUAGAGAGCUGAACUGUGGGGUUCCUGUACAGCUGCUGGGUGCAGAUACUUUUGGUAAAGGAGAGGGGCAGGUGUGGACACAAGAGAUUCAAUGUAGAGGAGAUGAAUCUAAAAUAAACUUCUGUCCACAACAAUCUUCAGACAAGAACAACUGUUCACAUGAUAAUGAUGUGGGAGUGAUUUGCUCUGGUUACACAGCACUGAGACUGGUGAACGGCUCUGAUAUCUGCUCUGGUCGAGUUGAGCGUCAGUAUUUCAGUAAAUGGGGCUCAGUGUGUGAUGAGUGCAUGAAUAUGAGAGCUGCCAAUGUUCUCUGUAGAGAGCUGAAUUGUGGGAUUGCUGUGUCUGUUGUGGGAGUGGACUGGUUUGGAGAGGGAUCUGGUGAAAUCUGGGCUGAUGUGUUUGAUUGUCAGGGGAAUGAAACAAAACUCUCAGAAUGUUCAAUCUCUUCAUGGAGUCGAGCUGAAUCCUCUCAUAAACAAGAUGUUGGAGUCAUUUGUUCUAAUUCCUCUCUGUCUCUUCAUGAUGGUCGAGUGAGGUUGUCUGGAGAGAGAGAGUGUGAGGGUGAGGUGGAAGUUUACAUUCAUCAGGUUUGGAGGAGAGUUCUGCUGGACUCCUGGAGUCUCACUGAAUCCUCUGUGGUCUGCAGACAGCUGGGCUGUGGCUCUGUGCUGAACUUCACUAACUCCUCUUCAUCCAGUGAUGAACACAGUUAUGAGUGUGUGAUGGGCUUCCAGUGCUCUGGGACUGAAGAUCAUCUGAGGAACUGCAGCUCUCCACAAACUCUCAACUGCAGUGCAACACAACAGCUGUCAAUCACCUGCCUUGGUCAGAAUUACAAUAUCUGUCAGCAAUCCAUUAGGUUGGUGGGUUCUGGUGGAGAUUGUGCAGGAAGGCUGGAGGUUUUUCACAAAGGCUCAUGGGGUACAGUGUGUGAUGACUUCUGGGAUAUUAAAGAUGCUCAUGUGGUGUGCAGACAGCUGCAGUGUGGAGUGGCUCUCAGUAAUCAGCCAGUACCAGCCUGGUUUGGUCCUGGUUCUGGACCCAUAUGGCUGGAUGAUGUGAACUGUGAGGGGAAUGAGACGUCACUGUGGAGCUGCUCUUCACAGGUCUGGGGAGAUCAUGACUGUAAACAUAAAGAGGAUGUAGGAGUCGUGUGCUCAGAGUUUAAAGAGUUCAGGUUAACUGAAGGCUGUGAAGGGAAUGUGGAGGUUUUCUACAAUGGAUCUUGGGGUAAUGUUUGCUACAAUCAGAUGAACAGAGACACAGCGAGUCUGAUCUGUCAAGAGCUGAACUGUGGAAGAUCUGCCAGUGAACCCAAUUAUUCAGAUGGAUUGAGGUCUCAGAAUUGGUUGGAUAACUUUAAAUGUCGAUCAGAUGACUCCACUUUAUGGCAGUGUCCAUCUUCAGCUUGGGGACAGGAUUACUAUAGUACAGAUGAAGUGGCCAACAUUAUCUGCUCUGGUGAGAUCAAAUUUAAAUAACAGUCUUAUAAGGUUUCUAAACAAUGUUCAAAUCAUCUUCCUCUCAGACUGAGUGGAGGGAAGGGUUUGUGUUCGGGGAGACUGGAGGUUUAUCAUAACUCUGUGUGGGGUUCAGUCUGUGAUGAUCUGUGGGACAUCAGAGAUGCUCAGGUGGUCUGCAGGCAGCUGGGUUGUGGAGCAGCAUUGAGUGUUGAUGGUAAUGAAGCGUUUGGUGCUGGUGAAGGUGUUGUGUGGAUGAACAGAGUCGAGUGCAGAGGGACUGAGAUUCACCUGUGGGACUGUCCUCAUGUCCUGAAAAAUCACACUGACUGCUCACACAAAGAACAAGUUAGAGUCAUCUGUGCAGAUGUGAAUGUGAGGUUGGUGAAUGGUGGCAGUCCUUGUGCUGGUAGAGUUGAGGUUCUUCAAGGUCGUCAGUGGGGAACAGUGUGUGGUCGUUGGGAUUGGGAUCUGAAAGAUGCUGCAGUGGUGUGUAGAGAGCUGGGCUGUGGAAAGGCUGUAAGUGCACAAUAUGGUCAGUUUGGAGAAGGAUCAGGACCAAUCACAAUGGCUUAUGUGGAGUGUAGUGGAUCAGAGUCCUCACUGAAGAACUGUAGAUCAAAUGACCAGUAUAUUCAGUACUGUUCUCAUUCUGAUGAUGCUGGUGUGAUCUGCUCAGGUGAUAAACACUACAGCAGAUCAAGACUUGUUAAUGGACCUCAUCUUUGCUCUGGAAGAGUCGAGCUGCUUCGUGAAAACACCUGGAUGUCAGUGUGUGAUGCUGUGUUUGAUGAUCAGGAUGCAGAAGUUGUGUGUAGAGAGAUAAAUUGUGGGGUUCCUGUACAGCUGCUGGGUGCAGAUACUUUUGGUAAAGGAGAGGAGCAGGUGUGGACACAAGAGAUUCAAUGUAGAGGAGAUGAAUCUAAAAUAAACUUCUGUCCACAACAAUCUUCAGACAAGAACAACUGUUCACAUGAUAAUGAUGUGGGAGUGAUUUGCUCUGGUUACACAGCACUGAGACUGGUGAACGGCUCUGAUAUCUGCUCUGGUCGAGUUGAGCGUCAGUAUUUCAGUAAAUGGGGCUCAGUGUGUGAUGAGUGCAUGAAUAUGAGAGCUGCCAAUGUUCUCUGUAGAGAGCUGAAUUGUGGGAUUGCUGUGUCUGUUGUGGGAGUGGACUGGUUUGGAGAGGGAUCUGGUGAAAUCUGGGCUGAUGUGUUUGAUUGUCAGGGGAAUGAAACAAAACUCUCAGAAUGUUCAAUCUCUUCAUGGAGUCGAGCUGAAUCCUCUCAUAAACAAGAUGUUGGAGUCAUUUGUUCUAAUUCCUCUCUGUCUCUUCAUGAUGGUCGAGUGAGGUUGUCUGGAGAGAGAGAGUGUGAGGGUGAGGUGGAAGUUUACAUUCAUCAGGUUUGGAGGAGAGUUCUGCUGGACUCCUGGAGUCUCACUGAAUCCUCUGUGGUCUGCAGACAGCUGGGCUGUGGCUCGGUGCUGAACUUCACUAACUCCUCUUCAUCCAGUGAUGAACACAGUUAUGAGUGUGUGAUGGGCUUCCAGUGCUCUGGGACUGAAGAUCAUCUGAGGAACUGCAGAUCUCCACAAACUCUCAACUGCAGCGCAACGCAACAGCUGUCAAUCACCUGCCUUGGUCAGAACUCCAUCAGGGUGGUGGGUUCUGGUGGAGAUUGUGCAGGAAGGCUGGAGGUUUUUCACAAAGGUUCAUGGGGUACAGUGUGUGAUGACUUCUGGGAUAUUAAAGAUGCUCAUGUGGUGUGCAGACAGCUGCAGUGUGGAGUGGCUCUCAGUAAUCAGCCAGUACCAGCCUGGUUUGGUCCUGGUUCUGGACCCAUAUGGCUGGAUGAUGUGAACUGUGAGGGGAAUGAGACGUCACUGUGGAGCUGCUCUUCACGGGUCUGGGGAGAUCAUGACUGUAAACAUAAGGAUGAUGUAGGAGUUGUGUGCUCAGAGUUUAAAGAGUUCAGGUUAACUGAAGGCUGUGAAGGGAAUGUGGAGGUUUUCUACAAUGGAUCCUGGGGUAAUGUUUGUGUAAAUCAGAUGAACAGAGACACAGCGAGUCUGAUCUGUCAAGAGCUGAACUGUGGAAGAUCUGCCAGUGAACCCAAUUAUUCAGAUGGACUUAGGUCUCAGAAUUGGUUGGAUUUCUUUAAAUGUCGAUCAGAUGACUCCACUUUAUGGCAGUGUCCAUCUUCACCUUGGGGACAGGAUUACUAUAGUAGAGAUGAAGUGGCCAACAUUAUCUGCUCUGAUCAAGUGAUUGAGGAAGUUCCUCGGAGUCGUCUGACAUGUUCUACAUCACCAUCUCCUCAUCAGAGACAAUGUUCAAAUCAUCUUCCUCUCAGACUGAGUGGAGGGAAGGGUUUGUGUUCGGGGAGACUGGAGGUUUAUCAUAACUCUGUGUGGGGUUCAGUCUGUGAUGAUUUGUGGGACAUCAGAGAUGCUCAGGUGGUCUGCAGGCAGCUGGGUUGUGGAGCAGCAUUGAGUGUUGAUGGGAAUGAAGCGUUUGGUGCUGGUGAAGGUGUUGUGUGGAUGAACAGAGUCGAGUGCAGAGGGACUGAGAUUCACCUGUGGGACUGUCCUCAUGUCCUGAAAAAUCACACUGACUGCUCACACAAGGAACAAGUUAGACUCAUCUGUGCAGGUGAGAGGAAAACACUGAGAGAUCAAUUCAUAAUCAUUUCAGCAGUUUCUUUAAACUGCGUGUUUGUUUCUUCAUUGACAGAUUUGUCUGAGUCCACAACAACAUCAGCUUCUCCUUCAGUUUUUCCACAAACUCCUCCUCUCUUCAAUCCUCCAGUGGUUGUGAUUGUACUGGGAGUUUUGCUCUUACUGCUCUUAGUGCCGCUGCUGAUACUUAUUAAACACAAGAUAGUGAUAAGGAGAGCUCUCUCUAAGAGGAGACACAGGACUCAGACUGAGGCAGUUUAUGAAGAGAUUGAUCACAGACACACACACAAACACUUCACUCAGAGAGCGAGUCUCAUCUCUGAAGAACAGCAUUCUGGAUAUGAAGAUGAAGAUGAGCUUCUCUCAGAUGACACGCUUGUGAAGUAUGAGGUCAUCAUCAGUGAACAGAUCCUUCAAGAUCAUGACAGAAUUGCAUAUUUAUCACCCAGUAUCUAA